GACAGCCUUGACGCCAAAGACUGGCGACGCACUUCAUGGUGUUGUAUUUUUGUUGUUUGUAUUUUUAUACAGUGAUUUUGAAGUUUCGCGAGGAAAUAAAGAGGCUGUUUUGUACGCAGCCACCGACUGCUUCACCAAACCAUUGUCGUCGUCACCGGUUUCCGGUUUUGAAUGGACUAGCGAACAUUUCGGCACAGAUAAAACGCAGCCAUGUUCCACAACAGCUCACAGGGGAAAUACUGGACAUUUAAAAGUGAAGACGAGGUGGAGCAGAUGAGAUACAAAGCUAACCAGAAGUUCCGUAACAAGAUACUACAAAGUGGGAAGCCCGGGGUGAGUGAAUCCAAGUUCCUGGAGCGUCAUGAGGAAGAUGUUAUAUUCCGACACUAUGAGAGGAGGAUGCUGGACUUCUGCAAUGCUUUCAAGCCUGUGAUGCCAAAAUCUGUUGUGGGCACAGCCAUCAUGUACUUCAGAAGAUUUUACCUCAACAACUCUGUCAUGGAGUACCACCCCAGGAUUAUCAUGCUGACAUGUACAUACCUGUCCUGUAAAGUGGAUGAGUUCAACGUGUCCAGCACCCAGUUUGUGGGAAACCUCCUGCAGGAGACCCCCGAAGGGCAGGAAAGGGUUCUGGAGCAGAUCCUGGAGUAUGAGCUGCUGCUCAUCCAACAACUCAACUUUCACCUGGUGGUGCACAACCCCUACAGACCCAUGGAGGGUCUGCUCAUUGAUCUGAAGACAAGAUAUCCUACGCUGGAGAACCCAGAGUCGCUAAGGAAGAGUGCUGAUGACUUUCUGACACAGGCAGCCAUGACAGAUGCAGGACUGCUGUUUCCCCCCUCUCAGAUCGCUCUAACAGCGAUUCUGAACAGCGCCUCCAGAGCCGGUCUCAGCAUGGAGAGCUACCUGACUGAAUGUUUACGACUCAAAGAGGACAAGGAGACUCUCUCAAAGAUGUAUGACUCAAUGAGACGCAUGAAAACUCUUCUAAAGAAAUAUGAACUUCCCAAACCAGAGGAGGUGAAUGCUUGCAAAAAGAAACUGGAGAGGAUUCAUGCUGAUUUUGCCAGUUCAAGCAACAAACGAAAGAGAGGAUAUGAAGAAGACGGACAUGUAUCAAAAGAACCACGUUUGGCAGAAGAGGAAUGGACUGAUGAAGACCUGAUGUGACCUUUUACUCCAAAACAGUUUUGGAUUCAAACAAAGUUUACAGUUAUUAUGAGUUAUUCCCAAUAUUGAACUGUCAAGGUUGGAUGACCAACCGUUCCUAGAGAACACAAUGGACAUGUCAUAGACAGUUUGCAUAUUGGUACAUGUUCUAUUUACUUUCCUACAAGACAUUGUAGGAACAAUUUUGUUCUGCGGUAACAAUAAAGAUAUUUUUCUACA